ACGAUAUAUUUAUCGUACCAUUUUCUUAGUACUUCAGUGUUUUGUCCUACAUUAUCAUUUUAGCAUAUCGCUAUAAUUACAGCAGUCAUUUUUUGUUGAGACCUUUAAUAUAAUCUAUCAAAAUAUCCAGGAACAGGAGAAAUAUGGCCAGGUACCGAGAGUGGGAUCUCUCGUGUAAAGUUUACGUUGGUAAUUUAGGUUCUUCUGCUAGUAAGCACGAGAUUGAAAGCGCAUUUGGAAAGUAUGGUCCAUUAAGAAAUGUGUGGGUGGCACGAAAUCCACCUGGUUUCGCUUUUGUAGAGUUUGAAGAUCCCCGAGAUGCUGAGGACGCAGUUCGUGGUCUUGAUGGAACACGUUGCUGUGGUACCAGAGUAAGAGUUGAGAUGUCCAGUGGUCGUUCUAGAAGAGGAGGAGGAGGCGGAGGAGGAAGAAGGGGACCAUCAAGGUAUUCCAGCUGUAACGUGGUUUCGCGCUCAUUGCAGGCUCUCAGCCCCACUGCUGUUAUAUCUCCUUGCUACCUAAUGGUAGCACAUCUCUUCACCUUUACUACUACUACAUCGAAUAAACACGCACAAUCGAUCCAUCAUCCUCCGUCGACCAGAUCACAGAUUGCCACCAAUCUUCUAAUGAAAAAAAAUAUUCUCAUCAUCAAAUUAAACAACCCAACAGCAGGUCGAGGUCACCGAGACGAUCUAGAAGUCCAAGGUCCCGUUCUAGAAGUCGAGAUUCUAGAGGCAGAUCUGACUCGAGAGACAGACGUUAGAUCCAACAAGUAUAAGAAUAAUCACGUUUAAAGUAAAACAGUUUUUACUUUUUUUUUAUUGUCGGAUGUGAAAAAAAAAAUGAUAUUUCUUUUGACUAAUCAUUUUAAUUUGUGUUACAUUAGAAUUCAUUUUUGUCUAUUUUAUACUGUAUUUUUCUUUACUAAUUUCAUUCGCAAUAAAUGUAAGUCAUUGUGAUGAA